UGCUCGUUUCAGCGGUCGUCCGCCGUCUCGAAGCGGCGCUGACGUGCAGUACGCUAAACUAGCGUUUCUACCGUGAAAUAACCAGUGCUAUUUGUUUAUACCUACUAUGGAUUCGAUUACACGGGCCCGAGGAUCGACCGUCGAUUGCGAGGUGUGCUCUAUGUGUACGUGUUGAGUUCGAAACGGUUCUGACGGCGAACGGAUGCCCUGUGCCUUUAUUUGCUGAAUGGUGAUUAAACGUAAUUCGCUUCGCUUUUACGGUGGAGAGGUCGGUCGGCGUAUCGAUCGAAUCGAAACAAAGCGAAGGAUUGUUUUGGCGGAAGGAGCCGGCGAAUUUCGAGGUGUACCACGGAUCGCAAGGAGGAUCGUUGGCAUGGUGUAGUGAUAGUGUAACGUGUCGCUCGCGCAGUGCUAGUGUUAACCAAAGUGCAACAAAGUGAUAAAUGGAUUGUGUCUGUUUGGGAUUUUCAUCACCGGUCAUCAAUAGAUCCAGACGGGAACAGGCUACAAUGGUGUGUGCGCGUGCGGUGAGGGGGCGGGGCGCGAGCCGGCGCGCAUGGCGGCGCCAAUGAGGGAGGGCGCGCCGGUCGGCGGACCUCGCCCCGCGCCCCACCACCACCCCGCCAACUUCGAGUACGAUGACAACGAGUGGGACAUCGGCAUCGGCGACCUCAUCAUAGACCUCGAUGCCGACAUAGAGAAGACCGACGAGGCGGGCGGCAUGGCGGCGCGCGCCGAACCCGACGCGCAGCGCACCGCGCUCAAGAUGAAGAUCAAGAGGACCAAGCCCGGCACCAAGAGCUCCGAAGCCAAGCACGAGAUCGUCAAGUCCAACGAAAUGAACGGGGAGCAAAAGCCGGCCGCGGGCGUGCCGCCGGCCGCCGCCAAGCGCGGCUCCGGCGGGCACCGGCGCGACAAGGCGCGCGACAAGCACCACCACCCCCACCCGCCGCACGACGUCAACGGCGGCGCGCGCGUCCCGCCGCCGCCCAACGCGCCCGGCCCGCCGCCAGCGCCCGCGCCCGCGCCCGCGCCGCCGCUGCCACCGCUCGCGCCCGCGCCGCGCCUCGACGCCAAGCCCGCGCCGCCGUCCGCGCCCGCGCCGCCGCCCCCCGCGCCCGCGCCGCCGCCGCCGCCGCCCCCCGCGCUGCCGCCCGCGCAGCCCCCCGCACAGACCAUCAAACCCGACCCCGACGACUCCCGGCAGGACCACAACACACAACCACCUGCUAAGAAACCCAAAACUGAACCUAAGGAAACUGCAGAAGUGUGCGUGGGCACAUCUGUGGGGACGAUCACCGAGCCAGACUGCUUGGGACCCUGUGAGCCGGGUACCUCGGUCACGCUGGAGGGCAUCGUGUGGCACGAAACGGAAGGUGGCGUGCUGGUAGUGAACGUGACAUGGCGAGGGAAGACGUAUGUCGGGACACUGCUGGACUGCACGAGGCACGACUGGGCACCGCCACGGUUUUGCGACUCCCCCACCGAGGAGCUGGACUCACGAACGCCAAAGGGCCGUGCGAAGAGGGGUCGGGGGGCCGCGCCGACCGACAUGACCAACUUCACCGAAACCCGCUCCUCCGUGCACAGCAAGCUGCGGAAUGGAGGCGCCAAGGGCCGCCGCGCGCUCCCCUCCCCAACACCCUUCACUCCCCCUCGACCGGACUCCAAGAGGAAGAGGACGUCGGAGGCCGAGGAACGCCCCCCAACGCCGAAGGCCAAGCGCCCGCCCCCGCCGACCGCCUCCCCGCCCCCAGAUCCAGUCCUCCUCGAGUGCCCCGAGCCGAAUUGCUCCAAGAAAUACAAACACGCAAACGGCCUGAAGUACCACAGGUCGCACGCGCACGGCACUGACGAGGAUGACAAGGACGGCUCCAGUUCCGAGCAGGAGGAACCGCCGGCGGAGCCCGCGUCCCCCGCGUGUCCCCCCUCCGAGCCCGCCACCCCCGCGACUCCCGUGAAGUCCCCCGAGAAAUCGCCGGAGGAAAAGAGCGAGAAGUCUCCCGAGAAGUCUCCGGAAAAACCGGAGGAGGAAGUGCGGGAGUUCGCGGGGACGCCGGAGCCGACGCCGGAGCGCCCGGCCACGCCCCCCGCGCCCGCCACCCCGCCCCCCGAGCAGCCGCCCGCGCAGCAGCCCACGCAGUUCAAGGUGAAGCCUCGUUCAGCGUUGAUGCCGUCAGAGGAACGGAAGUCUACGGAGUCGCCGCCAGCGGAGUCACCGGGCAAGCGCCGCGCGCGGCGCUCCCCCACUCCGGGCGUGCGGUCGCCGGCCUACUCCGACAUAUCCGACGACGCCGCCCCUCCAGAGGGCGCGCCAGAGGACGGCCACCGCCCCUUCCCCGUCUACCACCAGUACUACGGGCAGCCGCCGUACCUGCCGCCCACGCAUCCACCCGCCCAGCCGCCCAACCCCGCAGACAAGGGGAAGGAGGACCUCACGAAGGGCGACCCGAAGGCGGACCUCAAGGAUGGCAAACCAGAGAGCGGGCCGCAGAAAGUCCUGCCGCAACACUUCUACCCGUACAACUACGUUCCGAAUUUUCCCUACAACGUGGAGUCCGGGCCUCCCCCUGGGCCCCCCCUAGAUGACAAGGCCAAGGACUCGGAGCGGGCCAAGACCGUCCCCAGCCCGCUGGACAAGGCCAAGCGGCCCCCCGACGGCAAGGAGGCCAGGCCCAACGACAAUCACCAGAUACUAAAAGAGAGCAUCGAGAUGAAGGCCCAAAUGGGCUCGUACGCGUUCCAAAGGCCGCCGCAUGCGAGAGAAGAUGAAUUGAGAAGAUAUUACAUGAGCCUGGAGGCGCGGCGUAAGGAGGGUGAGAAGGGCCCCGGAGGCCCCGCAACGGUGCCUGGGGGCCCCGGUGUGCCCCCGGGGGGCCCUCGCCCGCCGCCGACACACAAGCCCAAAGACAAGGACGACAAGCCCAAAGAGGAAGUAAAGGUGAAGCAGGAAGGUCAGAAGCCGACCACGGAAACCCAAGGGCCGCCGCCACCUCCCACCUCCCAGUACUAUUUACCGCCCUACAUGCAGCCGCCUCACUACGGAGGCCUGCCCUUCGACCCCGUGUACCGGGCGCCGCUCAGCCCCAUGUUAGUCGGGGGCUUCGGUGGAGGCUGGACGGUACCCCGAUAUCACGCUCCGGAAGACCUAUCGCGGCCCGGGGCUCCCACCAAACUGGAGUUACUUCCCCCCGGCCACGGACAAUAUUCCUACGGCCAGCAUAAAAUCCAUGAGCUGCAGGAGCAUGCGAAGUCGCCGCAGGGCAAGCCCCCGCGUCCGGAGCCCCCGAAGGAGGCCCCUCGGUCUCCGCCUCCGCAGCGCCAUGUUCACACCCACCAUCAUACACACGUCGGCCUUGGCUACCCGCUGUACCCACCGCCUUAUCCUGCGGCGGCGGUUCUCGCGAGUACGCAGGCGGUCGUCAACUCAUUCCCGACGCCGCCAAAAUGAAAGCAGGGGGAUAAAAUAUGAGAAUCUCCCACGUGACGUCAGAGAAUUGACAAAAACGGAUUUGACAACACACCCGAAGUGACAAGUGAAAGAAACUGUGAAAACUGUGUUUUGUGAACUCGUGAACUGUGAAAAACUUUGUGAACAGUGAUGUGUAGACUCGAUGUGAACUAGAACUAGAAGCAGUGUAAAUAUUAGUGUAUCAUAUUACCCCCUAGCGUGUAACAUAGACAUCGAACCUCCGGGCAUUGUACUGAUGUUAGCGGCCCCACAGAUUUUGGAUUCCUAGGACCUUUAUUUAUAAAGCAUUCCACAGCAGAAUCGAUCUAGUUUUAAUCUAGUUUAAGUAGUAGUAAGUAUUGUAAGGCGUCAAUGUGAUCAUAACAUAGGAGUAGCGUGCACAAAGUACCCUGAAACUGAAUCGAUCGAGGAAUACUAUUUAUGUAGGCAGCAACAUGGCAUGUCAGUAUUUAGCUAAACAGAGAAGAACUUUGUAUGAAACUGGUUCUUUGUGGAGAAAUCUGGUUUAAACUAGUUUUAAACUAGUUUUGUUAAAUUUAGUUUAAACUAGUUUUCUGUAUAAUCUGAUCUUAUCCAGUUUUAGUGGUUAAUGUGAAUUAAGCCAACAGAUUUUUUAAGGCAAACAUCUAUUUGGCUAAUAAACUCUGUUUGGGUAUUUACUUGUGCUCGGUGUGGAAUGUUUGAAUCGCUGUGCGUAUGUGUAUGGCUUUUUAAUGUUAAAACAAUCUCAUAGACAGAUACUCUAAAUACAAGGGACUAGCAUUUGUGUACUUAUUGUACUGCACUAUGUGUAAAUCGCAUUUUAUUGUUAACUGAGUUUGCGAUUCCUAUGCAGAUUUAGAGCUCGAUUGCACUCAUUCGAUUUUCAAAUUGAGAUUAGAGUAUUUUAGUUUUUUAUUAACACCGUGAGAUGACAUAAUCUGCUAAUCGAAUGAGUGUAGUUGAAGCUUGACCGAAUAGUCUUCCAGUCGGGUUCGGAAGCGGCUUAUCCUGAUUUGCAUUUCGAUAUUUCCUACGAAUAAAACAAUGUUCUAGUGAUGGCACAUUUUAAUGUAAGACGCAUUACUCCGUUCACACAAGUGCGUUCAACUGCAAAAGCAGAUUUGCACGAGUUCUUGUGGAUGUCCGCUUAUUAUUAUUUGUAUUGCGGAAUAAAAUGCACUUGUGUGGGUAGAGCUGUACGGUUCAAUUUCAAGAGACCGAUCUCUACAGUUAUUAUUGUUGUAUACAAUGAGAAUUGAUAGAGAAGUGGACCGUCGAUAUGAGACCAACUUUUGUCUAUUGCUGGUCUCAUAACUAGAGUCAAAUUCACAUUUUGUUCAAUUCGCAGUUUGGCUUCAGUGUCAGUGCAUGCUAUAAUGAAUUGUGUGAGGAAGACAGUAUGAGUUGACAUUGGAAAUAAACUGCGAAUUGAAUAGAAAUAAGGUCUCAUGAAAGAGACCGCCAUAGUGAGAUGGCACACAAUGUAUAGAUCAUAUUAUUAGAGAUUAUUACUUGAAUAUAUGUAGCAUUUGAUCUUUUAACGACUUAUAGGUAUUGUACGAGUGUACCUGUUCCACAGAUGUAAUGUAGGGGCCUAAAUUUCUUUUGGGAUUUUAUUUUGCCAUUUGUCCGGAUUUUGUCCUUUAUAAGCGAGAAAUCCUGGGAUCAUUUUGUAUGGACGCUUUUGUAACGAUUAGAAAGGUUAUUAUUAUAAUUAUUAUUUCAAGCCAAUUAAAAACUGUUUUGAUCUUGUAAGAUCUAGGAAUAUAUUUUAUAGUGUAACAAAAGCUCUCUUCGAUUUUAUGAUUACUCAACUGGAAAAGAAUAAAAAAAGCAUGUUUUUUACGUAACCUUUUUAAAAGUUACUUGAAAUUUGUCUCGUUACAAAAGUGUUCAUGUGUAUUGUAGCCAUUCUUUGAGUAUGAAUGUCGCGAAACAGCGUCGAGGACGAACAGACUGAUGUUUUAUUUUUAGACUCGGUUAGUCCGCGAUUGAACCGUUUUAAACUUGAUUAACGUUAACCUCGUUUAACAAAGUUUAAACCGGUUUAAGCGUCGAUGAACCUCGAUCAGCCGAUUACGGCGAAGUCUACGCUUCGAUUAUUUUAUAUGAUACCAGUGUUGGUAUACAACAUUCGUUGUAACAUAAUAUUAAAUGUGUAUUUUUUCGAUGUAACUAAAGCCAAGUUUGAUUUUCUUAGAAAAGAAUUCGAGACGUUGAAAAAAAGGAAUAAAAAUAAAUUAUUUCUUAAC